CUUUUCCAGACAACAGACAGUGCAGACUUCCUGGCGACGCGGCCGCACACGGCGGCUGUGAUCCCGGGCAAGCCGGCGGGCAACCCGCUGCAGUUCGUGCGCGUCGGCCCGGCGGACCUCGGCAGCAGGGCCAGGGAGCAGCUGCGGAGGGCAGAGCUCGCCAAGCGGACCGAUCCUGCUCGUAUCGAGAGGCAGGAGGAUUGGCAGUCGAACCUGGACAACUGGAAGUCGUCGCGGCGGAAGCGCGUGGAGCACAUCAUCGAGCGCUGCGUGGAGGUGCGCCGCAUGGAGCACGAGCCGAGCCAGCCGCGCGCCAAGUCCAAGACCUUCAACGAGAUGCUUGAAGAACGGGCUGGCCGGAGAAGGCGGAACCCGCUUGCCUUAUAUACUGAAGACGACGGCCAUGACUUGAGUGACCUCGGCAUCGGCACCUCCAGCACCAAGAGCAGCCUCAGCGAGGACUGCGAUACGCACAGUCUAGCUAGCGAUGGUAUCGACCUGGAUAAGAAUCAUUCAGAUGUCGACAACCUGUCUAACUGCGACACAAACCGCAAGCUUGGCUCCAGUGCCAACGAAUACGACACCUGUACCACCACAACUAUCAGCUCUCCCGAACCAGAGGAGUACACGUACGAGGGAGCCAUCGAGGGCUACAAGUCCAGAAUCAUCUCACAAACUAACAGCAAUAUCGUCAAAACAGCUGUUAAUAACAACUUCAAAGAAAAAUCACCUGAAAAGAACGGCGAUCUGAACAGAAUCAGAACGAAUGUAAGCAACAAAAUCGAGGAGAAACUCACCUCCUUCCAGCAAGAGAGAGCCAACGACGCAAAGAACAAUAACCAGAAGAAAGACUUACCGAAAGUCGACAUUCACAAGAGGAGAGAACAGUUUGAAAGAGAAAAUUCCCAAGAGCCGCAGCCGAAUAAACCGAAACUCCCAGAAAUUGCGAACAAAAAAUCUAUCAAGGAAAGACUGUCUAGUUUAGAGAAGUUCACAGAAGAGACGCACAUCCAAAAGUCUACGAGCGACCUGACCAAGUUACCCACUGAAGUGAAGCCGCUGAAGGAACGCCUGUCUUCACUCGAAAAAGUCAAAACGACUGAACCAGAGAAAGUGAAAAGGCUUUCAAAUGGAGAUCUAAGCAAUACAAGAUCCCUGAAAGAGCGUCUUAACAGUUUGAAAUCACAAACCUCUGAGGAAGAAAUAAAGGCUACAAAGACUGAAGUCAAAGAAGUUUCCAUGAGCCUGAAGGAGCGUUUGUCUUGUCUCGACGCUGCCAAAAACAAGGAAAUACCAAAAAUAUCCGUGGAAGAGGAACUUGCCCACAACAAAGAAAUUGAAAUCAAAGUUGAGGAGCCUAAAGAAUCGAUGAUGGACAACUCUUUGAAAUCAAGUUUGUCUGGCAUAGAAAACCAAAUGCAAAGCUUCUGCCGCUCCUUGGAUAGUUUGGAUAUUAACGGACAGUCGUCUCCUAACUCAUUCGACAGAGUGCAAAGCUUAGAAGACUUUGACUGUACUGAAAUGCAGAAUAAUACCGUUCCAAGUGAUAUCGAGACUGAAGACAGUGGCAUACACACGGCGAGAGACUCAUGCGCGCCAGCCGAUGACAUUGCUGACCUGACACAAGUGGCCUCUCCUGUCGGAGAACCAAUGGUUGAGGUCUCGGAAUACGAGUCGUCUAACGAAGACGGAACUACCAUGGAAAUGAAGAUCGAAGAGCUGGACAAGAUCCCAGAACCGGUGCAGCUCGUACAAGAUGUGAUUAUCGAAGAGCCUGAAGACCAAACAAGCAUCAAGACUGAUGACGACAGCGCUAGCAACUACCUGCAAGCUGUCUCUCAGAUAGAGGAACUAAGUGUCACGGAAGUAACUGAGAUUCAACUCGACAAGGACGAUGAAGACACUCUAAAAAGUUUGGAAAACCAGGACACCAGCGUAAGUUUGAAUGAGCCUGCCUCCACCUCGUCGGAAAGCGACACAGUGGUGUUUGAGGGGAAAAUGACCAUACACUUGAAUCUGAAUGAAAUUUGCAACAAUAUGAACGCCGGUGCCGGGAACACUAACAAUGCUAACUCUCCUAACAGCAUGCCAAUGGUGAUCGAUGCUUUAGAGUUGGCAUUCAAAGAACUUGACUCAGAAGACAGCGCAGCCAUGGACGAAACUACAGAAGAUAAACAAGACGACUUCAUAAACAAGAAGAUAACUGUGGCUCCUCUGUACGAGAACAUCGACAUCUUCUAUCAGAAUUCUGAGGAGACAGCCUUCCCUCUGGAUUUGCCCACGAAUGUUCUGGAACCGCCGAAGGAGAAGCCUCCUCCGCCUCCGACCGAGGAGAGCAACGAAGAUGAACUGCUGGGCAAUGGCAACUUCAAGCACACGAGCUCAGCGCGCCGCAUCAAGAAGGAGAUCCGAAACAAGCGCACCAGCUUCCUCGGAAUCGAGGGUCAGGACGACAGCUACCUGGAUGUCGACCUCACAUUGGCCCCAAGACCUGACAUCACUUCCUUCCUGCAAGAGGAAACCAAGAUCGAGAAGCUUCUAUACAAGAAGACGCUGUCUCAUGAUAUGGACUCCAACUUAAGAGAAAGCAGAGAUUCUGGUGUGGAUGUGGACAGGGGCCCUUCGGCAGAGGCCUGGUAUAAGGGGCACUCGUCUCCCGAGACCUCUAACCCACAUAGCAGACAGAAUAGUGAGCCAUACACGCACGUGACGGUCACGUCAGAUGAGGAGGAAUCAUCCAAGAAGCAAGUGGAGUUCAGCUCGAACCUCAACUCGAAGCUGACGGAGCUGACCGAGGCUCCCGCAGACAAAAUCGAGAGCCUCGACAAGAAGCUGCAGCAGCAACAGGCUCGCACUAACGCGGACUGGCCCGGCGGUCCCUAUGACGAUGCUCACACCAAGGAGGUUCUCCGCUUCGAACGAGAACUUUUACAACUGGAGCAAGAAGAAUUACGUCGUCAGAGAGAAAACCUACUCCGAGACCAGAACAGGAUCAUCCAGAAAUCAGUUCAGGAUAUCUCCUCCAUACCUUCAACUCCUGAGAAGCCUCCGCUGCGCAGCCGACCGGAAGUGAACCCUCAUUACAGGCACUCAAUGCCCAAUUUACUUCUUAAUGAGAAUUAUCCUGCAAUUCCCCCCGCCGUGCCAGAAAGGCAAGAGGAGAGAGGGGUGGAUGAGAAACGGAAGCCGUUUGUGUCUGAGGAGCACAUGCAGCGACACUUCGGGGUUGAGGAGAGCAGGAGGGUGCUGUACGAGGCGGCGGAGGCCAGGAGGCAGCCCGCCAGGGUGCCGCAGCCUGUACUGCCGCCCAAGCCCAAGAGCAGGGAGUCCAUAGAGAGGGAAAUUACGAUGAGAAGCAGUCGCGUCCCGUCGGCGGUGGAGUACGCCAACGUGCAGCUGCGAGCGCCGCCCUCACACAACACACAACACUACCAUCCCAUGACCAGACACACGCUGCAGGCUCUAAGCGCGGCUCCCACUCCAAAGCUGAUCUCCAACACGGACUGGAUGCAGGCGAGGAAUAGGAAGCCAGCAAAUUACAACUACAACCAGCACUGGCUUAUACAGGAAGCCGAGCAGCGUCGUCUGGAGGAGCAGCUCCGGGGAGCGCGGCCGCUGCGACACCCUCACCAGAGGGACAGCCUCACACACUCCGCACUGCACAGCGGGCAGCCGGCGGACGGGUCCCGCGCGGCGCGGCCCGAGCCCCGCCCCGACAAGCUGCUCAGCGUCAGCGGCCGCAGGAAGUGCUCGCACUGCGGGGAGGAACUCGGUCGCGGCGCGGCCAUGAUCAUCGAGUCGCUGUCGCUGUGCUACCACGUGUGGUGCUUCACGUGCGCGCUGUGCGGCGCGGCGCUGGGCGACGGCCGCGCGGGCGCCGACGUGCGCGUGCGGGCCGCCCGCCUGCACUGCCAGCACUGCUACUCCUCCGAGGACGGCAGGAAGUACUCCGCCGUCUGAGCGCGGCCGCGCGGGCGCCGACGUGCGCGUGCGGGCCGCCCGCCUGCACUGCCAGCACUGCUACUCCUCCGAGGACGGCAGGAAGUACUCCGCCGUCUGAGCGCGGCCGCGCGGGCGCCGACGUGCGCGUGCGGGCCGCCCGCCUGCACUGCCAGCACUGCUACUCCUCCGAGGACGGCAGGAAGUACUCCGCCGUCUGAGCGCGGCCGCGCGGGCGCCGACGUGCGCGUGCGGGCCGCCCGCCUGCACUGCCAGCACUGCUACUCCUCCGAGGACGGCAGGAAGUACUCCGCCGUCUGAGCGCGGCCGCGCGGGCGCCGACGUGCGCGUGCGGGCCGCCCGCCUGCACUGCCAGCACUGCUACUCCUCCGAGGACGGCAGGAAGUACUCCGCCGUCUGAGCGCGGCCGCGCGGGCGCCGACGUGCGCGUGCGGGCCGCCCGCCUGCACUGCCAGCACUGCUACUCCUCCGAGGACGGCAGGAAGUACUCCGCCGUCUGAGCGCGGCCGCGCGGGCGCCGACGUGCGCGUGCGGGCCGCCCGCCUGCACUGCCAGCACUGCUACUCCUCCGAGGACGGCAGGAAGUACUCCGCCGUCUGAGCGCGGCCGCGGGGACACGCUUGUUGAGGGGACACUCAUACAUAUAUUUAUCUUAUGAGAUACUUCAUUCAAAGGAAGCCAGUCAGAUGACCAAAUGAUACCUCUUGAGUACAGAUCUGUGUUGAGAUAUGUAUGUUUAAUAAGAAUUAGAGAUUCACUUGCUUUAAAAAAAAGAUUUAUGAUAGAAUCUGAUAUAACAGUGAUAAAUAACUUAAGUGUCUAUAAAGGAAAUUAUCAAUAAAUUCAUGAACAUCAGUCAAAAUAUAUUAACAAAACAGAAAACUGUCUCAAAAACGUAAAUUAAAUAAUAGACAGCUAGUAAGAUAUUUAAAUCUCAACACAAAACAUACUAUUACAAAAGUUCUCAUAAUAAGCAUAAAUAUAUUUGUUUCCACUCAACAAUAUGCUCCAAUUGAAAACAACACCGCCAUCUAGUGAUAUAAAAUAUCAAAUUAUGAAAAGUGUUCCAAUUUGCACCCAAAAAACUGAAGUGGCGUUUACAAGUGAUAAAUCUCUGAACUAAAUGAAGCUGUGAAUGUUAUCACGAAUCGGUGUUUAUAACCUAGAGUACAUAACUUGGGCUGGUCCAAAGACUUGAAGUGUGAUCCAUUUAAUACUUUAUACUGAUCGUAUUGUUAAUCGUUGCUAUCACUAUAUCUAUUAUAAUGUACAGCUAUCAUUAAAUAUCAUUGUAUCUUCAUCUCAUUUAAGUUUAAACUUGGUGGAAUUUCAUAGUACAAUCAACAUCAAAAGUGUUAAGUACUUUUGAAUUUGACUGUACAUUUUUAUACACAAUCUAAUAAUGAGUGUCUAUAGAGUCGUUUUAAGUAUGUUUUUUAAUGGCCAAAUAAUCGUAUGGGAGAAAAGAGAUAUGUAACAAAUAGAAAAUAGAACUUUAUUUCUUUUAUACAAUAAUAAUGCAAAUAUUAUUACGUACACUUGUCAAUAGAAGUUACUAGCCAUUAUUAUUUCAACAGUAAUAUUGGUGAGUGACUUCUGUGGACGACUGUAUUUACUAAAGCGAGCUACUGACAUAAGCGUGAUAGUCACCUACCACGCUGUCUGUCAGUAUGUGUAUGCACACCUCCAAAACGUCUAAGCGACUCAGCGCAGUUCUGAGUCGGCUACUGCACGCUUUUGUUACUCACGCCAUCUUUAGUUACAACCUUCACCAUGUUACUCUCGACCCGGUAGAAGUAUUACAUAUAUUGUUACAUUUUAAUUUCGGACUAUUUUGUGCCAUGCCAAUUGUCUUGUAUCCACAAGUACAUAAUCACAGAAACAAUAAUUUAAGAUACCAUUGAGUUAUGUUUUUUUUUAUACUAAUAAAACGAGUUUAAAAUUGUGUUAUGAAAAAUCUUCUGUAAUAUUUUGUAAAUAGAUUUUAAUUUAUACUUUAGUAUGUUUUAAUGGUUAGCUUUAAUAGUUAUUAUUCUAGUUUAAAUGAAUAACAUAAUCCAUCCAAAAAUGUUUAUGGUUAAUAAAAUAUUAUAAUCGUUUCAUUAAAUGCAAAAUGGCUUAAUUACUACAAACAAACCUCAAUCUCUAUUAUAACAAACAUCAUAAGAAAAUGUGUGCAAAAGGUGAUUAAUUCUACAAUUAUUUAUGUAGAUUUUAAGCUAUUUUGCAUAAAAAACUAAUUAACUUGAGUCCCGAUCGGAUCCACAAAAGAACAAUGCAAUAUUGUUAGUGAGGCACGGGACAAGAGCUCGCGUAACAUCGUGUAUCUAUAUUGUCGUCUGCAGAUGAUUAUAUCUCCGUAUAUCUAAAGCGUCGUGGUUGCACUCCCUUGUUGUAAUUAUGUUAACUAUAUGUACAUUAUCUAUGUGUAUAAGCCGCAAAUUGUAUAACAUUAAAUAUUUUAAUUAUAUUUG